AUGGCGGGCGGUGAAAUUGCAACCCUGUAUGAUUGGUCAGAAAGUAGCAAACUCUCCACCUCGCGGAGUGAGUCGGAUAUGGCUCUGAAUGAUAAGAUCACGUACGAGAAGAUCCACGAGAGAAGGACGGGAGGUUAUCCCUUCUUUGCUUCUCCUCGCGCAGCAGGUGUCAUUUGCUGUUCAUCGAAGUGCCCAGAUGGCUUUAUACUCGUCAUCACUAAAGUGAAGGGCACUCCAUUGCAAGGGAGUUGGGCAAAGCUAUCUGCUAAGAACAAGGAGUUUGUAUAUGUCCAAGUUCGGUCAGCUAUCCAUGUUCUUCGAACGGUCGGAAUUGCUUGGGCUGACCCUGGAAGGCAUAACAUUCUCUUUGACGAGGAUGAUUAUAACCCUUCUGUGUCUGUUAUAGACUUCGAACGUAUUGAGUUAUGCGAAGAUGAGGAAGUCCCAUUACAGCCGGGAUGA